AUGGCAGAACAAUCACUCGAAUUUUUCGCUGGGUCCCACGGGGGAUCGGCACUGGGCAUGGUGACUGGCUUCCUGGAUUUCAUUGACUUCCUAAACCUUUCAUCGACGUGCCAACGUAUGAGGAGUGUGCUUCUGUCACGGGUAUACUUUUGGGCAGCUUACUACGAGAGCCGGGCGAUUGUUUCCAUAAGCGAUGCUCGUGUAUCAGAUAGAAAUAUUGGCGUUGAUGCCUUUACGCACGGGGAUACGCAGAAUGCGGACUGCAAAAUUUCGGGUUCUGGCAUUAAAUUAAAUAAUCGACCUGUAGCGUACACUGAUGAAGUCUCUUUGUGGCAACCUUCAACAUGCCGGUGCACGUAUAACAUAAAACGGAACUGGGCCACUUUGAUUUGGUUCUACCGAUUGAAAGCAUUGGCACGUUUGGGCGGUGUGACAUUUUGUGAUCCUCCGUUGUAUGGAAAUCCGUUUGUAGACCUGGCGGUAAGGUCCGCAGCUGCAUCGCGCAAAAUCGCGUUGGAUGCGGAUAUAGUCAAAAAAUUAACAUUACUCACAAUCCCCUUGGUUGCUGCUCCAGAAAUAGACACUGUUGGCUUAGCUCCUUUCACUGUGGUAAGUAGGACCAGGUUCUUUUAUUUCGACGCACAAUACAAAUUUUGCGAGAUGCGCGCAUCUAUACCGACUAAUGAUGAUACUAGAAUUUCAGUUCUGGCCUGUCGGUGGGGGCGUACGGUAAAUUGCACGCGAUGUGGUUCCGGCACAGAUUUGGUUCGUCGCGGUCCAGCUUCUUCAUGGUCAUCGUCGCGGAGGAGCAAUGAAUUACAGCCUCUACUAUCCCUGCUUUACAGGAAUGGCCCACGUGACGUAGCUGUGUCGGUGUACGAGUACGGUAUAAAUGGUAUCGGCAGCAAACCUUUGUUAACUCGUAAGGUACCUAAUGUGUGCGCAGAUAUUGCGUGCCUCGAUGCGGUUCACGGUACCUUCUGUGAUCAUUACGCCUUUUUCGUUGGAUACGGCGACGGCAACAUUUGUGUGAUACAAUCUGACUUGGAGGAAACGUACAACGCGGCGUCGGAAGCGAUAGUGUCGUUGACUGCUUUUGCAACCAACAACGAGUGGCUUUUAUCUGCGCACCUUUCUGGCGGUAAUGUUUUAAUAUUGCGCUUUGGAAGAUCGUGGGAAUGUAUACGAGUUAUAUGCGACGUUUCAAGCUUCGCAAUCCACGCCACAAGGUUAGCGAUUGGCUACAGCCGCGCAGGUCGCUGCAAGGUGUCCUUCGGCGCAAUUACUGGCCCUGACGUAGAGAUUGGCGUUUCUAGACCACCAUCACGCAUAUUAUGUUUGCAUCGGCGAUCUUUAUGGGCUGUAAUCAUUCGUAAUUACGUAAAGUUGGUGCAAGUGGUUGGGUCUGCGGGUACAACAGCUGCCCACCAUGUGCGUGCUCUAAACGGCCACCUUGCGGAGAUUACCGCAUGCCAUGCUGAUGGUUGGUCUAGGCUGGUAUCGGUGGACACUUCAAGCACGUUGAUUGUUUGGGAUUUCAUACAAGGAGUAAAGCUUUUGAGCAUCUCGCUUCUUCGUGCAAGCGAGCCCACCCGAGUUCCACGUUCCCACCAAGGGACUAUACCUAAAACAAUGGCUCGGAAACGCCCUAGCGUAAAUCGCCAGGUAUCGUAUUCGUCCAUUUACAAUGUGAAGAAGGAUUUCAAUGCACCGCCUAAAAUGGCGAGCAUUUUGUCAGAACCCGUGUCGGAAAGUGACACAGAAGACCUCAUUGGUGAUGUGGUCCGGUUACGUGUGACGGCUAUACCUUCAGCACCCAACCGGCACACCGUACACCUGUUACCCAAUGCACUGUGUGUAUACUACCACAACUCAUCACAUCUACAGCUGCUGUCGUUCACAUAG